UUGUUCGCUGUUACAGGUGUAUUUGAAAAAAUUACACAAACAUUUCGUAACCGAAGGAAAGGCGAAGCAUCAGAUCUAAGCGACGAGGAGCGUCGAAUUUGGGAGCAGGAGCAGCUAAACAAGGAAAUCGACUUCUCGCAGACGGUCAUCGAUCCAGCACCAUUUCAGCUUGUCGAAGACGCAUCUCUCUACAAAGUCCAUUCGGUCUUCUCGUUACUCGGGAUUCGUCGAGCUUACGUCACGAAAUGCGGUGUUCUGGUUGGCGUAGUUGCUGUCAAAGAGAUCGCUGCGGCGUUUGUGCGAAUCCAAGCUGGAACACUGACGGCAACAACAAAGCGGCCAGAGGAGGAAGAGAAUGAGGAACUGGGAACAGAGGGUACUACGCCUGGCUUACUUGAGAUUGAAAGUAGCGAGAGCGACACCGAUAAUGAGGACAUUAUUCUGGCAAGUGUCUUUGAGAUAUUGUCAACGUUGUAG